GUGGCACCUGCUGGGCUCAUGUGUCCAAAAAAUUAUUUAAUAAUUUAUUAAUUUGUUAAUUAUUUUUUUGAUAAGGAUUUGCUAUUGUUAUAAAAUAAUUUAAUAAAGCUCAAUAAAUAAUAAUACCAUUUUUCUUCACCUGUGCUAUUUAUGACACCUGUCAUUUGACCUGUCAAUUUCAUCGGAUCGAUACCGCGAAGUGGAGGGUGGAGUUGUCAAAGAAUAAAAAUUAAGCAAAUCUACAAAUGUAUCUACCGCUUCGAGGUAUUUCAGCAUUCGCUAAGCAAGCGACAAGCCGCACAGUACACACCACUCCGCUAGCCAUGGCACCCGUGAAGGUUGGAGACCAGCUCCCCGCUGCGGACUUGUUCGAGGACUCGCCGGCGAACAAAGUGAACACUUGUGAGCUGACGGCGGGCAAGAAGGUGAUCGUGUUUGGGGUGCCGGGCGCCUUCACGCCGGGGUGCUCCAAGACGCACCUGCCGGGCUACGUGCAGAGCGCCGACAAGCUCAAGGCCGAGGGCGUCUCGGAGAUCGUGUGCGUGUCCGUCAACGACCCCUACGUCAUGUCUGCGUGGGGCGCACAACACAAUACUAAGGGAAAGGUUCGCAUGCUAGCGGACCCCAAAGGCGCCUUCAUCAAGGCCCUCGACUUGGGCACCGACCUGCCCCCCCUCGGCGGAUUCCGGUCGAAGCGCUUCUCCAUGGUGGUCAACGACAGCAAGAUCGAGGAGCUGAACGUGGAGCCCGACGGCACCGGCCUCUCGUGCUCUCUGGCCGACAAAAUCAAGGUCAAGAAAUAAACGCACGCAACAUAUCUCCAAAGUUAGCAUAUAAGCUCCCCUGCUAUGUGAUUUGUAUGUACAGCUUUCACAGAUCAUAGACUGUUAAAGCACUCCUUGUGAUAUGAUGAAAAUUAAUCAAUUAAUUAAUAGAAUUUUAUGAUUCUCAAAGAA